GGGGCGCGGGGGCGGGGCGAGCCGAGGCCCCGCCCUAUCCGGCGGCGCCGGGGUGGGGGGGGCGGCGGCGGCCAUGGCGGCGGCGGCGCUGCGGCAGCUGGGCCGCGCGGUCCCGCGGGCGGCGGCGGCAUUGAGCGGGGCGCCGAGCCGCGCUCACCGCCUGACGCCGGCGGACGACGAGCUGUACCAGCGGACGCGGGUGACGGUGCUGGAGCCCGAGUCGCCCAACACCAUGUUCGUCGAGGGCUACACCAGCCGCGGCUUCGCCGUCAGCGGGAGCCUGGUGGUGGGGCCCUGCGCCAUCCUGCCCCGCGCCAUCCUCCAGUGGAACGUCGGCUCCCACAGGGACAUCUCGCAGGAGAGCCUGGUGCUAUUCCGGCUGCUGGAGCCCCGCAUAGAGAUCCUGGUGCUGGGCACGGGAGACCGGGUGGAGCGGCUGCAUCCCGCCGUGCUCAAGCAGAUGCGGGAGUGCGGGAUCGCCGUGGAGGUGCAGGACACGCCGAACGCAUGUGCGACCUUCAACUUCCUAACAAGCGAAAAACGCCUCGCGGCUGCCGGGCUCAUCCCUCCCCGGGGCGGCUAGUGCUCUCGGCCACGGACUGAACAGCCCCGACCGCCGCUGCUCCAGACGGGAAACUGCUUCGGAAUAAACCGGCAGACCCCAGCUGCUGCCUGGGCGGUGGCUCUGUGCGCACGGGGGGCCUUGUGGACGCAUGGGCUCAGCCCUUGGCCCCCCCAGUCACGGGGCUUUCUGUCCUCCUCGCCCAGCGGUGGGCUGCGGGCACGCUGGAGCGGGGCUGGGAGCAACGCAAGGGGCGAGCGUGGCCAGCAGCACUGCGCCCGAAGCCGUGAGGUUUUGCCGAGGUGGUACCUGCUCCGCUGGCAGCUGCUGCGUCCCCAGCACCUGGGAUUCUGCGCACCGUGUGAUAAACUUGCCUGAGAGA